CCAGCGGAAGCCCCGAGCCCGAGCGUCGUGUUCGCCGCGAGUGCAGAUCCGAGAGAGUGAUUGAUAGCCGCGUCCCAGGAAGCCAAGUGCGUGCGGAUCCGUGAAUCGCGCAGAGACAGACGGUCCUGAGGGCUGCUGAAUCGAAAGCCAGUCGGUCGCCUGCCCGGAGUGGCGUGUCAGUGACACCGGCGAGGGCGUAAUUGAUAUCCUCCGGCGGAGCUUUCGGGGAAGUGACACGAGUGUUAAUGAAACGUACGAUUUGGCCGAACAGAGAGUGAAGUUGGUGCAAAUUGUGGGCCACGCUUGGCCAAUUAUUAUGGGAAAGUAGAAGGAUCAGCCGAAGAAGAGGAAUCAUCAUCAGCACAAUGACUCACCUUCUGUUCCGCCGCGGCCGAAUCAUCACAAUCAUCCUGUUCUUCUGCCAUGUGGGAAUGGAGAGUGUCCUGGCCAGUAUAUCGUCCUCGCUGAUCCACUCGAAGCUCACGUCCAGCAAUGGCUUCUUCACGGGACCCUACCUGGAUGGACACGGUGUGUUCAACGUCACAACUCAAAUUGGCACUCACGCUUACCUGCCCUGCAAGGUGAAGCAACUGGGCAACAAAUCAGUGUCAUGGGUUCGUGUCCGGGAUGAUCACAUUCUCGCUGUUGACAGGGUGAAAUUCAUCGCCGAUGAGAGAUUUCAAUCAUUCUACGUGGAGCACACGGGAUUCUGGACACUUCAGAUCAAAUACGUUCAGGCGAGAGACGCCGGCAUCUACGAGUGUCAAGUGUCGACAGAGCCAAAAAUCAGUGCACGGGUUCAUCUGCAUGUUGUAGUUCCUCGCACCGACCUAGUGGGUGACCCAGAUCGCUACGUGAAGGCUGGCAGUACUGUGAUCAUCCGGUGCAUUGUGCGUGGAGCCCUGGAGCCGCCCUCCUACAUAAUCUGGUACCAUGGAAGUCACCAGCUAUUCACGGAAAAUCGUCACGGUUGGCGCUCCCAAAUAGAUCGAGGUGCCCCCGACGUGGAUGGAGACGUUCACAGUACGAUCGGAUCAUUAAUCAUCGAAAGUGCAAAGAAACGAGAUUCCGGCAAUUACUCGUGUAGCCCAUCAAACAGUCCUCCAGUUACAGUAACAUUGCACGUAAUUAAUGGCGAAUCUUCAGCCUCUGCAGUGACAUCAUCUGCACCACAGUGCGAGAAAAACUUGUCGAUGACUCUCAUCCUGGUGCUUAUGGUAAUGCUGUCUGUGACGUAACAAGACCAUCUCAUGCAGAGUCCACACGAUUCCUCAGAACAAAUCUAAUUUUCUACGUAAGACACUUCCACCCAGGCCGAAAGUGGGCGAUUUCCCUCAUGAUCUCCGACUCGCCCACUGGCCGGCGAGGGAUGCAUGAAAAAUUUAUUCACUUUAGGCCACCCACAGGAAGCUGAAUAGACAAUUGGUGACAAGAGAAUAGAUGUAUAUUUGAUGCAAAUCUCAUGCGAGGCGUGGGGAGAAAUAUUGUCCAGAGAAAAAGGAACAAAAUGCGUCACUAUCGAAUUCAAGAGUUGACCAAAAGACUGAAUUGACCUACCAUUCACUUGUGAUGGGUCUAAAUUUGAAUUUACCAUUGCAAUUGAUUUCAUUAUCAAACAAAAAUCCACCUCAGGCCCCAAGAAUCAUCGCGACAAUGUGUAAGAUAAGCUGCUAUAGUAGUGAAAAAAUGGGGCUCAGACGAAUCUUCCGUUCCCACAGCGCUCUUUCUAUACUAAAUCAUUUCUUAGUCUGAGAUGUCCUUCUUUCAACACAGGUUUUUUCAACAGUGGAACCAUGAUUUACGACAUGUAAAUACACAUAGGCAUAAAUUUUGAUGACAAUGAAGAAGAAUCCAUAGUGAAGAGGAUACAAAAGAGAGUAAAUGAAUUUAGAUUACUUGAGUAAAUAUUUACUAAAUUAAUUAACGAUGAGCAAGGACGAAGGAAUACUGGGUAGACUUAAUUAAUUGUAACCUAAUAUUGUAAAUUAAAUGUAUUUUUAAUCGUAAUAUAUUGCCAGAGAAAGUGAUGUGCGAGAAGUGGGAGAAGGAGAAACAGCCAGAGGAGAGAAAGAACAAAAAAAAGGAUGCCAGUGAGACAAUUAUGGAGCAAAGAAAGAAUUCUGAGAAAAUAUAUUGUGUACAUAGGGCUUCAAAAUAUUGUGUGGAAAUGUUAAU